CGUUUCGAUCAAAGAUCAGCAAUUCCGUGUUCGAAAUUAUACGAUCGUUGUACGACUUGCAAGAUGUCGGAAAUGAUUGAAUUGAACUGGAUGAUCUGCAACAAGUGCUUCGCCCCGUUCUACAGAGGAAAGCGUCCCUAUCACGUCACCCAGUGUGGCCAUAUUUCCUGCCAGAAUUGUUUGCAGCAAGUCGAGCAGCAAUGUCCGCAAUGCCAGCAUGGCACCAUGGCGCUGGCCCUGCAGGAUCCGCUGAUGCCGAAAUUAAUCCCGUACUUUCAGCCGUUCACCGAGAUUGUGGAAAUGCAGUUGAUGAAAGUCAACAUGUUCCGGGACAACCAGAUGAAAAUAUUGAUGCACCGCUUUACUGAACUCGAUAAGAAGUACGAGUUGCUGAAGACCCGAUUUUGGCCUGCACAACGCAAUUUUAAGGCAUUGGUGGAUAAGUACACGAGCGUGAAGAACGAGAAGGAUAAGCUCGAGAAGAAGCUGAUGUUCUAUCAGACGCACAGAGUAACUCCUCCGCAAUCUGGAUACCGCGGGAUGGAAAUAACGCCAUCCGACUCCGGUAUCUCUGUGCCGACCUCGCACUCAUCAGUAAGGUGCUCCAUGGAAUCGUCAGAUCGUCUGAAAUCCAUGAUCGUAACGCCCACGUUGAACGGUUCAGAAUUCAACAUGGACAUAACGCCCAUGGGAUCGAUUGAUCUGAAUAGGACAGCGCGCAGAACUGCUGAUGGGUUACGUUUUCGCCGUAACCGUAAACCUCCGCAAUCUAUGGAUUCCCAAAAUAUGUUAUCUUAAAUUGUAGUUUUAUAACAAGAGGCAAAUUUUUUUCGUUAUUCAUUAUACUCUUUCAUAAUUAUAUUAUCUCGAGUUCGCAGUGUCACUUUAUUUUAUUUACGUACAAACGAGAACGCGAACUUUCGUUGUAAUUAAAGAUUAAACAAAUACGAUCUUAAAUAUGUGAAGAAAAACGUAA